CUGUUCUCUCUCCUCCCUGCUUUGUACAUUAACUUGAAAGCCUUUGCCCAGCAAUUAUAUGGGACUCUUUGGUGGUCAUGUGCUUUCAUUUGCUCUAACCAUGGUGGCAAUUGACUGUGUUCCAGGAUUUUCUAGUGCCCAUUGGCUGAACUGAAUUCUUACUUGAAAUAGCUGUGAGACUCAGGACUUUCUGUUGCAACUCCUUUUAAAAGACUCAAGAGUACUUUGAAGCAUCUCCGGUGAGCCUACCUGUUUGAGACAGAACUGCUGUUCUGAGUGCUAAUCUGUCAGAGGUUUUGGGGUUAAUAAACUGUAUCUUAGAGCAUACAGGGGAAAAGCCUUCCAUUGUGUCCAGCAGGGAGAACCAAAGACGCAGAGCAGCUGUAGCAGGUGGCACUUCAUAAUUCAUUAUGGACCGUUUUGAAGACAUAUCAGAUGGUGAAGUGGAUCAUGCCUUCUUUGACAGUGACUUUGAGGACGAGAAAAAGAAAGAAAAUGGUGUAUGGAAAAUGGAAAAAGAAGAAAAUGGUGAAUAUAUAGAGAAAGAAAGUAUAGAGGCAGCUCUUGCAGACACUGAUUUGGUUUCUAAUUCAAAGGAUGAAAAGCGUUGUGAGGAGGAAAGUGAAGAAAAGCAGAUAGAUUUGCAAAAGGAUCAGUCCCUAGAAAUUAGCAAGGAUCCUGUUGAAGAUGCUUCGUCUUUGACAGUUCCUCCGGUUGCAGAGAAUGCAGGUGCAUCUGGAGCAACACCUGCAGCAAAUAGAGGAACAGAAGAGAUUGUUCCUGCUGGAAUUCCUAAAAUAGUUAAAGAAGGUGAAGAAGAUUACUAUACAGAUGAAGAAGAUAGUAGUGAUGAUGGUAAAAAACAGAAGGUUAGACCAAAGUCAGCUAAGCAACCAAACAACAUAAAAAAGGUUAGCAAAAAAUAUACUAUCAGCUCCUCCUCUUCUUCUUCCUCCUCCUCGUCCUCCUCAUCAUCAUCGUCAAGCUCAGAUACCGAUUGUUCUGACACAGAUUCUGAUAGCUGUUUAUCAGAUUCCUCUCAUUCUUCCCCAAAAAGGAAUGUUUGUAGAAAUGCUCUUCUGUCUCCAAAACAAAAAUUCAAGUCAGCAAUGAAAUUAGCAGAAGGAAAACCAAAGCUUGGUGAUGACUUGGAGGAGUCUGAAGACACAGUGACUGACGUAACACCUCUGUCAACUCCAGACAUCAGUCCUAUCCAGUCUUUUGAAUUUGUAGCAUCAAAUGAUAAGAAACUAAAAGUAAAGAGGCAGGAAAAUGUGAACCAAGAAUUAUACGAUUCCGAGUUUGAUCGCAGAUAUAGUCAAAAAGUCUUGCAUGACGCCAUGGACCUGAAUCAGCUUCUGAAAGCUUUCUUACAGUUGGAUAAAAAAGAACAUAAACUAACCAUCGAUCAGCCAUCUAAAGGAAUCAGGAAAAAUUACUCUUUCACAAAUGAAGAAGUACGACAGAUUGAUCGGGAAAACCAGAGGCUGCUAAAAGAACUGUCCAGACAGUCUGCAAGGCCAAGGAGAAGCAGCACGCUGAAGACGUCUGUAACACCAGCUAGAAUGUACCACAGUGCCCUCAACAGGCAAAAAGAGCAGCAAAGAAUUGAACGAGAAAACCUGGCUUUCCUGAAAAGACUGGAAGCAGUGAAACCAACAGCUGGUAUGAGGCGUUCUGAACAACUGAGGGACUAUCACCGCCAGAUGAGCUACCUGACUUCUUCACCUUCUGUAAGAAGGGGUAAAUCUCCUUUUAGCCAUCUUAGUCCUCCAAGAGCAACUUCAAGGUCACCCACUGUACAAAGUACACUGAACCAGAAGAAUGAAAAGCCCAUGUCUGAUUCACCCAGUGGGGCAUUACAGAGACCUAAAUCUACAAAUGUUCAUGCUGCUUGGUUAUAAGUGUGUUCUUUGCGUCACAUACUGAGAUGAUAACUCAAACUUCUAUUUUUAAUGCUUUUGUAAAUUCUGUGUGCAAAAAUAUUUUCUGCGUUGUUCAGUGAUGAAAAUGAAUUGCAUUUAGAGUAAUUGCUUAUAAAAUGGUCUUAAAAUGGUAUAAAACACUUCUGUCAGUGUUUUCCAUGACAGGAUGAACUUAUGAAAGAGAAGGAGGUAUUUAAAUGGACAAGUUAAAUAGAAAUUUAACCAUUAUUUUAGUCUCAGAUCAUAAGUGGAGUUUGUAUCUAUAACACGGCAGGACAGAAUUACUGCACUACAGGUGCAAAAUGUAAAUAAAAAUUUUAAAAUACUAAUAAUAAUAUAAAAUAAUUCAUUAAGCUUAUAAGCAUAUGCUUAAUUCCUGGAUUGUCUUUGCUUUACAUCCUGGCUUUAUCUAACAGCCUUCUGAACCUUGUGGGUCAUGUUCUUUGACUGAAAGAAUCUUCAACAGCAGUGUCAAGAGGUGAAAAGCAGAUUGUGUAUUCCUCCAUGGUGAGCUAGAAUACUGAGAUGCAGAAGAUGAUGUUUUGCCACUGUUAAACAUUCAGCACCUGGAGUGUGUUUUCUAUUCAAGGCUGCAUCUCUUCCAGAUCAAAAUGAUUUUGGAAGUUGUACUGAAUUUUGGAAGACGUACUGGGAUCUUUGCAUAGGAAAGAAGCAUCUGAUAUUAUCUGAACAACAAUAAAGAAUGAAGUAAACAGCAGUUUCAGAUUUAUUGUAAACAAGAGUAAGUUCUGGUUACUUAUCAAACUAGAGAAUACUGUUAAGUAAGGGAAAUAGUUCAUGGCCCUGCUUUGCAGAUGUGUGCUGUUCUCAGUGGGGAGAUGUAAACUUGAGUUGCAGGAAACAUCUUCAAUAUUGAUUUUGAGUGACUACUAACCAGGAUUUAGGGGAAAAAAAAGACAGUAGAAAACCAAGUCUUUUAACUUUUCUUGACCUGUUUUUAAAUGUCAUGUUCAUAUCUAGCAUUUGUAGCAAUGUCAGAUAAGCUCCAAUAGCAACAUCCAUUUAUAAGAGCAGUAAAAUUUAAUGGUAUUGGCAAUCACAAUAGUAGGUGGUGUAGUUUAUCUCUGUCCGUAAAGGCAAACUUUCAGUGAGCUUGUUUUGUAGGACUGUAGCCUUAUAAACAGCACAAAUUGUGAUGCCACUAUGUGUGGAUAUUGCUGAAACUUUGCUUGCUUCCCCAGCUUCUUCCCAGGAAGGAAAUAGCUGUAUUAUGGAUAAAGAAAAAAAGCUGUAUUUGGUAAUGCUGGGUCUUUGACAUAAAAAGUGUAUUAUUCUUUGCUAGUGCUUGCAUGAGGGCUUAGGCUUUCAGGUAUUCUGCAUUGUAACACACUUUUUACUCGGUCCUUGUGAUAGUUUGGCAGAGCUUCUUCACUUGGUGACCCGCAGAUCAAAUUUAGCUGUUUGACAAUACUUGGAACUUUUAACUUUAAGCAGCAUUGUGAAAAACAGAUUUGUAUUGCAAUUAUUAUUCAUGGUUAGGAACUGUUAACGAUUUCUUUGUAUAGUGCUGCUGUAUUUAUUAUUGUGCAAAUUAAAAUUAUUCUCUAUUUAAAGAUUUUUGUCUUUGAAUGUGAAUAUCAGAGUAACAGUUUAAUACUUCUGAAUGUUCAUAUUGUAAUUUUUUUCUGUGAAGAAACUCACACAAUGGAUUACUUUUAAUUGCUUCAUCUUAUUUAACUUUGGUAUGAAAGAGCGUCAAUUUUGUAUUUGUAAAUCAUAAGAAAUAAAAUAUUUAACAU